AUGGAUUAUAACAGUAAGUUGGAGAUUGCUAGAGAAGUUUCUAUGAAUCCGGAAGAUGCUAAAGAAAUAAUAAGAGAAUUUAUGAUGAGCAAUGACAGUCUAGAAGGGAUCCAAAUCCUUCAACUGGAGGAGUUCUUAAACCAUGUAUAA